AUGGGUUCAAAGAAGCCUUUUCUGGUAGCGCUUCUGGUGCAUGCUUUUUCUUCUGGCAUGAUCUUACUCUCCAAGGCAGCAUUCAAUAUGGGUAUGAGCACAUCUGUGUUUGUCUUCUAUAGACAAGUAGCUGGAACCAUUUUCUUAUUCCCUUUCGCCAUGAUUUUUGAAGGGAAAAACGCUAAGCCACUUUCAUUUCUGACCUUCUGCAAGAUUUUUAUGCUUGCUUUACUAGGGAUUACCUUAACCUUGAACAUUUACGGAGUAGCUCUCGUUUACACAUCUGCAAGUCUUGGUGCUGCCACCCUUAAUUGCAUCCCCGUCGUAACAUUUGCCUUUGCAGUUUUACUCAGGAUGGAAACGGUGACAGUGAAGACUGUCCCAGGCAUUGCAAAAGUUGCAGGAAUACUGGUGUGCAUGGCAGGGGUUGUUAUUCUAGCUUUUUUCAAAGGUCCCAUUUUGAAACCUUGGUUCCAUCUUCAUUUCCAACCUCAUAGAGGGGACGAAGAUGAUCACCACGCAUCUUCCGGUAAAAAAUGGAUACUUGGAUGUUUCCUCUUGUUAGUUUCCUGCAUAUGUUGGGCCCUGUGGCUUGUACUUCAGGCUAAAAUUUUGAAAAGCUACCCUUGCAAGCUUACUUUCACAACCAUUCAGUGCCUUUCAAGUGCAGUUCAGUCAUUUCUUGUUGCUAUUGCUUUGGAAAGAGAUCCACACCAGUGGAAGCUUGGAUGGAAUGUUCGACUGCUCGCUGUAGUUUAUUGUGGGAUUUUCGUGACUGGGGUUGCAUACUACUUGCAAACAUGGGUUAUUGCAAAGAAAGGACCAGUCUUCCAUGCUGUGAUGACACCAUCGAAUCUGGUCAUGACAAUCCUUGGCUCAGUGUUCCUCUUGGGCGAGACCAUUAAUCUUGGAAGUGUUUUGGGGGCAAUCUUGUUAGUGAUAAGCCUUUACAGUGUUUUGUGGGGAAAGAGCAAAGAACAGAACAUGGGUAAUCUGGGUUGUUUGCCUGUUCAAGAUCAAACAGAGUACUGUAGUACACAAGCGAAGGAAACACCAGAUAGCAGCAACCCCAACCCUCGCCCGUCACUAUCUGCAUAACAUAUCCAUGUUCUUUGUUUGAUGUGUUUUCUUAUUUAAAUGUAUUGUUUUCCCCUGCCUUUUUGUAAUUGUCUUAUAGUUUUGACUUCCAAGCAUAUCAUUGAACCAUGUUCUGGAGAUUAACUUUUUCUAUCCAAUGGUUGAAAUACUGGAGACUUUGCUC